AUGUCAAUGACAGGGACUUCGAGACUGGCUGUCCGAGCAGCGUCAAGCUUUGAGAUAGCAAUAGCCGCAUGUCAGCGAAGUCUCAAUACCAGAAGACCGAUUGCCUUCAAUAGCUCUAUAAGAUGUCCCCCCUCAGCUUCAUACCUAUGCUGUUCACUUUCCACCCGAAUACCGACCUCCGCUCAAUCAUCCCUCGUCCCAUUAUCCACUGCCUCCCCCUCGCCCUUCCAGUCCAUACAGAAAUGUGCAUUUAACACCUCAAUUUCAAAUUUCUCCUCAUCCUUAUCCUCAUCCUCCGUCGAGUCUUCACCCUCCGCAGCAGGAGCCUCUACCCCAAGCAGUCAAAAGCCGGAAACCCUGUCCAUAAACCCAUUUCGCGCAAAGAGGAUAUGGCCACCAGAUAUGUCUAAGUUGUCACCAAAGCAGCAGUUUAGAUUAGAGCGGAAGUAUCGACGGCGGGCCAAGCUAAAGUGGGCACGGCCAACAUGGUCUAAAUGGACGAAGAUUGUACAAUGGACGCUUAUUGGUUACGUUUUGAUAUAUUGCGUAAUGUAUCUGGAUUUGGAAGAGAAGGAAAAUCCGUUUCUUCCUAUACGAGAUUACGUCCAUCAGUCAUUAAAUGGUUUGUUAUCAACUUCGUCCUCACCUUCAUCUCAGAAGGAGCCAACCACGCCAACUUCAUCCUCCGCCAAAAGCAAUUCUUAG